AUGAAAUUCACUCAAGCUUCCAUCUUGGCGUCAUUGGCAGCCAUGGUCAUGGCUGCUCCAGCACCAGGCCAGCAACAGGACCACAAGUUGGUCAAGAGAGAGCAACAGGACGGCGACUGCCAGGACCCAGUCUUCCACGGCCACCACAAACACAAGCGUGCCAUCAUUUACGACUACGCCUACAUCACCGUGACUGUUGAUGCCAAAGGUAACCCUCUCACCACGGUUAAAAUCGAGUCAACCAGCACCACUGCUUCACCCGACCAGGCCCAAACCACCUCGACUGCCGAGUCCUCCUCCACCACCAUUGUCCAAAACACCUCUGCUACUCAAAGCCACCCCUCACCUCAACCGAUCCCAUCCGGUACCAACACCGCUGUCCCUUCAUCAGCGAACGGAAUCUUUGGCGACUUGGCCGACUACCAGAACCCAACCCAGGAGUUCCCCGAUGGAGUUUAUUCCUGUGACCAUUUCCCCGUGGGACAAGGUGUCAUCGCUUUGGACCAAUUGGGAUUCGGUGGCUGGUCUGGUAUUUACAACACCGACACCUCGACUGGCGGUACCUGUAAAGAAGGCUCCUACUGCUCCUAUGCUUGUCAAAGCGGUAUGUCCAAGACCCAAUGGCCCGACGCUCAGCCCGCUAAUGGAGUCUCCGUUGGUGGAUUGAUCUGCAAAGGCGGCAAAUUAUACAAGACCAACUCGAGAUCCAACUACUUGUGCGAAUGGGGUCUCAACAAAGCUGACGUCAAGAGCGAGAUUGGCCAGAGUGUCGCUAUUUGCAGAACCGAUUACCCUGGUACUGAAAACAUGGUGAUCCCCACUGUGGUUAACCCCGGAAAAACUUCAGUCAUUACCGUUGUCGACCAACAUAGCUACUACACUUGGAAAGGCGGUGCCACCUCGGCGCAAUACUACGUCAACAACGCUGGUGUAUCUUAUGAAGACGGGUGUUUGUGGGGUGAGCCAGGCUCCGGUGUCGGAAACUGGGCCCCAUUGAACUUUGGUGCCGGAUACGCUAACGGCGUCGCUUACUUGUCCUUGAUCCCUAACCCAAACAACUACAGCCCCUUGAACUACAACGUCAAGAUUGUUGCUGCUGACAGUAAUUCCAUCGUUAGUGGUUCGUGUGUUUACGAAAAUGGUAAAUAUAACGGUCACGGCUCCGAUGGAUGUACCGUUGGUGUCACUCAAGGUAAGGCCCACUACGUCUUAUACAAUUGA